CGGCCGGCCGAGCAGCCCCGCCGCCGCCGCCGUCUGGUGAUCAUCCAGCUGUUUCCAGGCUGCCAUCUUACCGAGCAGCCAGCUGCAGAACCAGUGAGUAGCCUUUUGAUGACGGACCGCUGGGAUGCUACAGUCGUGUGUGUGCCCCCAAUACCUGCAUUAGGUUGUGAUGACCCACACUUCUUCCAAAUGUAUCUGUGACCCUCCCCAAUCCUGACUCCUAACCUCUAAUCCCUGACCUUUGACCUCCACUAUGGGCAGUGUUGGCAGUGGGGUGGCAGGAGAGCAGGAGUUUGCCAUGAAGUCCGUGGGCACCAGGACCACCCUGCCCCGAGCCCCUCCACUCUCUCGCCGUUGCCCUGCAGAUCGCAGCUGCAGCGCCGAGCGACUGCCCCGCCCUCCGGCGACUAUUUCGGAUGGAACGGCAUCAAGCGAUGAGCGAGGCAGUGUUAGUAUUGGGACUGGAACCUGCACUGGGACUGACCGGCCAACAGAGACAGCCUCCUCAACACACACUGAAUGUACCAUGACCGCCCCCUCCAAUAACAACCAGUUGGACUGUGGGAACGUAGCUGUGAGGAGGGAGAGGGAAUGGGAGAGGGAGAGGCAGCGCGAGAGGGGCAGGGAUCGGGACCGGGAUCGAGACUGGGACCGGGAGAGGCUGGAGAGGGAGCGCGAGAGGGAGAGAAACCGGGAGAGGGAACGGGAGAGGGUGGAAAGAGAGAGGCUGGAACGGGAGAGGGAGCGGGAGAGGGAGCGAGCCAGGGAGAGGGAGAGAGAGAGAAUAGAGAGGGAG